GGGCGUAUAAGUACGGACCGAAUGUCAAGGUUCCUUCACCUUUCUCACUGCCACAACCUCUCGUAGCGAUCGCUUGACCAUACAACAUGCCCGCAGGAUUCGAAUCCAUUGCUGUCGCAGGAGCACAGAGCAGCAUCGGCAAGGCCGCCGUCAACGCCCUCGCAACCACCCCUGGUGUCUCCGUGCUUGUCCUCACCCGCAAGACCACGCCGCGCCCGGACUGGCUUCCCCAAGGCGUCGCCCACGCUGGCAUAAACUACGAUGACGUCGACGGAACCGCCAAGGUCCUCCGCGAGUACAAGGUCGAGGUGGUCGUCUCUGCGGUGACCACGACCGCCGUGCCACAGCAGAUUCCGCUCGCCAACGCGGCGAAGGCGGCUGGGGUGCAGCUGUUUGUGCCAAGCGAGUUCGGGACGAUCACCAAGGGUUGGAAGAAGGGCGAGGUGCCUCCGUACCUGGCGCCGAAGGUUGAGGUUGCUGACCAUCUCGAGUCCAUCAGACUGCCGUCCUUGCGCAUCUUCACGGGCAGCUUCAUCGAGUUCAUUACGACGCUCGUCGGCUACAACGUCAACAAGAAGGUCAACGUCAUAAAGACGCUCUCCGGAAACACGCCCUUCUCCGCCACUACUACCUCUGAUAUCGGAGGUUACGUUGCACACGUCGUGACCCACUACCCUCUGCCCGAGCUUGCCAACAAGGCCCUUCGGAUCGAGGGCGAGGAGCUCACCCUCAACGGACUCGGCGCCAUCCUCAACGCGCCGGUCGAGAAAGUUGACGAAGUCCCGGUACCUGAGGGCGGCCUACCCGCGUACAUCCUUACGGCGCUGCAGACCGUCAUCGAGCAAGGGCUCCUGAACAAGAACAAGAAGUUCGAGGAGGGUGAUGGUGCCGGAGGGGCCAACCACCUAUGGGAGGGUCAUCACUGGACGACGCUGAAGGAAUUCUUGAAGUUUUGAAGUGGGAACAUCGUUAGCAAGCGCGUUAGUGUAUCAUUGUGAUCAGUAGCAUCGCCAAGGACGAUUUUGUUGAUUAUGCCUCAUGCACGAAUAGAGCCAAAGUCCACGCGGCCUCUGCCGCAACGAACGAACGC